CGGAGGAGAGUCAUACCGUACUCAAUGGCUCUCGGAAGUUGAAUACAACCUCACCUUCUCCCUCAUCCCUCAUUCGCCGCUCCCUCCAAGGCUACAUACGCCACCAUUGUCCAGCCACCAACGAUGGGAUAGUCAGGUACAGUCUUACAGGAUUGCGUGCUCUGUCGUCUGGGUGGCCCCAUCCCACCACUACCUAACAAUUGUCGAACUGGGCGCUCGUUCGAGUCAUACUGCCCGCGCUAUCCCGGGACCGACCCUUACUCUAUCUACAUAUAACCUCUCGGGCAGCGGCCGCCCACCUCCCUUAUACUCAAUCAUGUCUUCCCCGCCCCCCACCCCUCCCGCGCCUCCCCCACAGCACGCGGCCUUCACAACCUGGGCCCGUACCGCCGGCGUAACGACUCACUCCAUCGUCCCGACCCUCAUCCCUGGCGCCGGCCUGGGCAUCACCUCCACCACCCCAAUCCCGUCGGGCACGGUGAUCGCAUUCUGCCCGCGCUCCCUCCUGCUAAACAUCUCGACCGUCCCCCUCUUCUCGCCCACGCUCCCUCCCUUCCCGCCAGGCACACGUACACACGCGAUCCUUGCGGCCGCCAUCGCGCUUAGCCACGCCGAUCCCAAGAACCCGUGGGCCGCGUGGAUCCCCACGUUCCCGAGUCGGGAGGAUCUGCGCGGCCUGCCGUUGUUCUGGGACAAGGCGAGGCGGGCGAGGCUGCCGGCUUCGGCGAGACGGUUGCUCAGCGCGAUGGAGAAGAGGAUGGAGGCGGAUGAGGCCGCGGUGAGAGCAGUGUGCGGGGUGGGGGUGGGAAGGGAGGUGUAUCAGUGGGCGUGGGCCGUGGUUAAUACGCGCACGCUGUUUUAUCCUGGCGCUGGGGGAAAGCGCGAGGAUAAGCUCACGCUGUGUCCGUUCGUUGACUACUUCAACCACACGUCGCGGGCGGGCGCGUGUAGUGCGGUGUAUGGGCCGCGGGGGUACACCGUUACCACCACGCGGGAUGUGGCGGCGGGAGAGGAGCUGUGUGUUACCUACGGCCCGCACUCGGGGGAUUUCCUGCUGGUCGAGUAUGGUUUCGUCCCCGAGGAGAAUGAGGCCGAUGCGCUGCUGCUGGAUCCGUGGUUGGAGCGCCUGCAGGGGGUAAACGAGGUUAGGGAGCGCUUGGAACUGGAGGGCUACUGGGGGAAUUGGGUGCUUGAUGGGAGGGGGUGGUGUUAUCGCACUGAGGUGGCCAUAAGGCUGGUCGUGGGCGAUGAGGGGAGGUGGUAUGCGUUUCUUGGGGGGGAUGAGGGAGGCGCGGUCGAGGCGGCGAGGGUUAAGGGCGUGUUGAGGGGGGUGCUGAAGGGCGUGCUGGAGGAGGCGGAUGAAGUCGAGGCGAUGGGGGCGGAGGAGGAGGAUGUGGAUGCGGAGAUCGAGGAGACUAUCAGGAGGAGGUGGCGGCAGAUACGAAGGAUUGUAGGCGAGGUGCUGGAGAAGACAUAGACAUAUCGAAAGCCAGUGUCAUCGUGAGCAAGC